GUUAAGGUGCCUGGUAAAACAGUUAGAGAGAGGGGAAGCAUCGCUCGUGGACCUGAAGAAGAACUUGGAGUAUGCUGCCUCUGUACUUGAGUCUGUGUAUAUCGAGGAGACCAGGCGAUUGGUGGACACGGAAGAUGAGCUCAGUGACAUCCAAUCGGAGUCGGUGCCGUCGGAGGUGCGUGACUGGCUGGCGUCCACCUUCACGAGGCAGAUGGGCCUGAUGCUGCGGCGGACGGAAGAGAAGCCUCGCUUCCGCAGCAUCGUCCACGCCGUGCAGGCUGGGAUCUUCGUGGAGAGGAUGUACCGUCGUACCUCCAACAUGGUGGGCCUGAGUUACCCUCCGUCUGUCAUAGGGGUGCUCAAGCAUGUGGACAAGUGGUCGUUUGACGUGUUUGCUCUGAACGAGAACAGUGGAGACCACGCUCUGAAAUUCAUAUUCUACGAGCUUCUCACAAGAUACGAUCUCAUCAGCCGAUUCAAGAUUCCGAUUUCGGCGGUGGUGUCGUUUGUGGAGGCCCUGGAGGUGGGUUACAGCAAGCAUAAAAACCCUUACCACAACCUGAUGCAUGCGGCCGACGUCACCCAGACUGUCCACUACCUGCUGCUGAAGACUGGGAUGGUGCAUUGGUUGACUGAACUGGAGAUCUUUGCCAUGAUCUUCGCAGCUGCAGUCCACGACUACGAACACACUGGAACCACCAAUAACUUCCACAUUCAGACAAGGUCAGACACAGCCAUCCUGUACAACGACCGCUCGGUCCUGGAGAGCCACCACGUGAGCGCUGCCUAUCGCCUCCUACAGGACGACGAUGAAAUGAACAUCCUGUAUAACUUGUCCAAGGAUGACUGGAGAGAGCUGCGGGCCCUGGUGGUGGAGAUGGUGCUGGCCACAGACAUGUCCUGUCACUUCCAGCAGGUGAAGGCCAUGAAGAACUUCCUUCAACAACCCGAGGGGGUUGACAAGCCCAAAGCCCUGUCCCUCCUGCUCCACACUGCUGACAUCAGCCACCCGGCAAAGAACUGGGACCUGCAUCACCGCUGGACAGCCUCCCUGCUGGAGGAGUUCUUCAUCCAGGGAGACAAGGAGGCGGAGCUAGGCCUGCCGUUCUCCCCGCUGUGUGACCGCAAGUCAACCAUGGUGGCACAGUCCCAGAUUGGGUUUAUUGAUUUCAUCGUGGUGCCCACCUUCACCGUUCUGACGGACAUGACAGAACGCAUCGUCACUCCCCUCAUCGAUGACGCCUCUCACUCGGGCCUCAGCGGCUUCAGACGCUCCAGUUUGAACAGCAUUAGUUCAGAGGAUGCUAAGCAGGGCAGUGUAAAGAGCACUGGUUCUGAUGGGAGCUCGCUGGGUCACUGUUCCCUGCUGACCGUGGACCUGAAGAACUUCAAGGCCCUGUGGAAUGAGGAGGUGUACCAGAACCGGGAGCGCUGGAAGACCCAGGCCGCCAAAGAGGCUGAGGAGAGGGCCAAAAGAGAGGCCGUUGAGAAGGCCCUGCAGGAAGAGGCUAUGGAGCCUGGGGAGGGCCAAAAAGUACCAGAGACAACAGAGUCAGCCUCCAAGGGCCCCGAGGAGGGGAAAGUCCCCGAGGCAGAGGAGGAGCUGGUGGGUGGGGAGGACCAGGAGGCAGGGGACAGACCACAGCCUGGGUGCUCCUCUGACAAUCGGCAAACAUUACAGAAUGGAGCCCUGUUUGAGGGCGGAGAUUCUCCAGACUGUGAGCAGAGUCAGAAUAAAGCAGCUGUUGAGGUAGCGAUGGACUAGUGGCCGACUGUUGCAGCCCAGCGGUUUGCUGUCAACCUGCAUCCCACGCCUCUCCCUGGGAAGACUCCUGUUGAAAGAAUCAUUUCUGAGCGUUUACUGCCCUCUAGAGGACAAUGAUAAGAACUGCUCCUCUCAUCAUCUUUUUUUUGGGGGGGGGAGUCUUAAUGAGUUCUGCUUGGACAACCCACCCUCUCAUCCUUAUCCGUCGGGUGACACGGAUAAAAAGAUGACAGAAGCUUUCUCAAUCAGGACUAUGGUGGUGAUGAUGAUGAUGAUGAUGAUAAUGAUGAUGAUUGUGAUGUUGAGCUUGAUGGUGAUAUCUACAAAGUCCCAGCUCCAGCUCAUUUCCAGAUGCUUCUCUCCUUCCUCUACUCCUCUCUUCUCCCCUGGUGUGGCUCUGGACCUCUCAUGUCUGUUCCCUGCUCCACAAGACACCAAACAUAGCAGCUGCCUCUGCCUCAUUAGGUUACUUCUGGCUGCUUGCAAUCGUUAAGGCACAUUAGGAUCCUGACAGAACUCCUAUCUCCCUUCAAAUAAUGUUUUCGUAUCAGCGUUUUUUUUUUCUUUAUGUUUUACUGAAGCCAGAGCUUUCCUUAGUCCACAAACCAGCCACACCAAUAACUGCAUGUUCUGUUUUUGCACCUCAUUUCUAUAUCUAUAUAUAUAUAUAUAUUAAAAAUCAAACAACACAUUUUAUUUUCAACAUAUCACACACUUAAAUGUGUAUUCUCAGUUUUUCUAUUUUUUAUCUUAUACUUUAUGUAAAGUACUUUUUAUGCAAUGUUAAAAAGGAGAAAUGCUUUGGUUGUGUUUGAUUUCCCUCUCACUGUAUGUCCCUCAGAGGAUUCCGUAGCUGUUCAGUCUCUGUCAAUCGUUUCUUUUGCACUACUCUUUGCACUGCCUUCUGGCUGUAGAGAGUACAGUGUCUCUGAAGCUAGAAUUGUUUUUCUUUUUUUUCUUUUUGGUAAUAACUCGAUACUUGUCGUUUUGAAUGUGCUUUAUUGUACAGCUAGAUGAUUAAGUCAUCAUUCUUUUGUGAUGAAUGUUUAGCCGAGUGUUUGGCUCAAACACUAACAGCUUUCUGGUUUAUGUUUGCCAGAUUUCAAAGACAAUAAGACACAUAUACUCUGUGUAUAGAAAAUACAAAUAUGACAUAUAAAUGACUGUGCAUUUGUAAGAUAUAAAACAAACCUCUGCAAUGCUGUUUUAGCUUCUAAUGUGGAAGGAAGAGAAGCGGUUUUUGGGCAGUAUUUGCAUAUAUGAGUCUUUAUUGAUGUGCUCCUUUAUUAUUUGACAUUUUAUUUGGUGUACACUGUCACAUUUUCUUCUUAAUAAGCAAGAACUGGGGUACUGGAGGUAUGUAGUAUUACAUUGGAACGGCAAUGAAACCCAAGCUGAAUUGUACAAUGAUUAAGGAACACAAAAUUAAUUUGGAUAUGAACAGGAUAUUGAUAGCAUGAAUGGGACAUAAUAUUAUUGUGUCACGCAUCAAUAUGCUGUAGCAUCUAUUUAAGACUGGAUGUCUGUAGUCAAACCAAAUGAUUAAAUGUGUGCCUAUAAUGUAACAUAGUACUAAUCAUACAUCUUGUUUCUUGGAAUAGGUAGAAAUUGCAUUUAACUGUGUACACACACUAUCCUUGCAGUACUAGAGAAAGAAAAUACAUACACAUAUCUACUCUAAAAACUUCUUCCAUCCAUUUCCAAAGCUUCUGUCGCUAAAGUAAACACAUGAUCACCAAUUUUUUAUCAACUGAAACUCUAUUUUGUUUUGUACAUAGUGGGCUCAGUAAGUGUGGUUACAACUCACAUCCCUCGUAUUUAUCAUCUACGUUUUCUGUUUAAAAUACCUUCUGAUUUUGCUCCUCCCCAUCUGUAGUUUGAUCCCAUUACUUGUAUGAUUGUAUAUGACAUGUUCAGACUGUGUGUUCUAAUCAUCACACUUCCAUUGAAGUUUCCCAGUGUGCAAAACUAGAAAACAUUAUUGCUAAAUGUUUUACACAAGUAGGUAUGUAGUAACCUAAUUCUCUCACGAAGGCUUGAAAUUGGCUGAUGACAUAUUGAAGGAAAAAGUAUAUUUUAAUCUAUACUUUUUUUCUGUAUGUAUGGAGCACCCAAAAAAACAUAAAACUCCUGAAGAUGUCAUAAAACAGUUAUCCGUUAAAGUAAAGCAACAUGCACUGUGCAAGGGACCGAUGUAGUCAAUAUCUUUGCUCUUAGUGAUGCAGGUUAUGUUGUACAAGUCCAAACACGGAGGAAACACAUUUUUAAGGUGGCCUCUCUGCUCAAUGUAAUCCUAAUUGUAUUUAUGACUGACUUGUACAGACAUUUGUAAAGGUUAUUAUUACUGAGACAGUCCAUCGUUGCUUGUAAAAUCUUUGUUUCUUCAUUUAGUUAGAUCAACUCUAUAUGGCCGAUAUCUUACUGUUUUAGUAACUGAGGGUAGGAAAGUGUGAAACCACAGACAAAUACUUACGUGCAUUUCUGAUCUCCUCACUGUGACUUCCUUUUGUGUGUGAGAGAGAGAAAGAGACAUAGAAUGUGUGUGCUUGUGUAUGUGUGAGGAAGAGAGAAAGUGU